UUCCCAUCAGCUCGCCCGGCCGCAGUCCAGUGCGUUCAGAGCGCAGAGCAGAGCGCCUCUCUCCACCGUCCACUCCUGCCUCUCACCGCCGGGAUUAAUGUUUCCUCUCUCCGCCUGAACAGACCCGCUGCGCCCUCAAUGAAGCUUGGCUCCUCUCCGUGAUUUCUUCGCCAUGAGCUGCCUGGAUGUGAUGUACCAAGUGUUUGGUCCUCAGCCUUAUUUCAGCUCCUACAGCCCCUAUCACCACCAGAAACUGGCCUUGUAUUCCAAAAUGCAAGACCCCCAGGACGGCGGCAGCCGGCUCGGCCCCGCCGGUCACCCUGCCAUCAAAGAGGAGGACAAGGAGCUGCCGCCGGGAGCCGAGUACCUGAGCUCCCGCUGCGUCCUCUUCACUUACUUCCAGGGAGACAUCAGCUCCGUGGUGGACGAGCACUUCAGCCGAGCCCUCAGCCACACGACCACGUACCCGGCCUCAAGCAGCCACAAGGCCGUAAGAGACGGAUCAUUCCCCAUGAACCAGAGAAGUUUCCCUCCGUCUUUCUGGAACAGCUCCUACCAGCCGUCGGUCUCCUCCACGCUGGGCAGCGCUCUGUCAGCUCCCCACACAGAGCUCCCCUUCCCUGGGGACCCGUACUCCUCCGCCUCCCUGCACAGCCACCUCCACCAGUCGAGCCCCGACGCCUGGCACCCAUCCCAUCACCACCACCAUCACCACCACCACCCUUACUCACUAGGGGGUGCUAUAGGCACCCAGAGCUCAGCAUACCCGCGUCCGGGGGUCCACGAGAUGUACGGCACGGCGUUUGACCCGCGUUACGGUUCUCUGCUGGUACCGUCAGUGAGGCCUCAUCACCGUCUGACAUCGGGCAGCUCGGUACCGGGGCCCAGUGCCUCACCCUGUGACCUGGGAGGAAAGGGGGAGUCGGGGACAGGUUCCUCCUGGAGUGGCACCUUCACCGGAGCCGGAGCAGAGAUCGGACUCAACAUGGACACAGGUCUGCAGGCACAGGAUAAGAGCAAGGAUUUGUAUUGGUUUUAGAGACUCCUAAGACUACCCCCCCUUUACCCCCCUACUCCAUUCACUCCUACUUCAGCUGUAGCCUCUUUCCUCCACUCCUGCUCUACUCUGUUGCUCUGCUGCUGUUAUGGGAUGACUGACAGAGAAACUGAAAAAUCGCUCAGAUGGCAGUUUUGUGCUGUAACGGCGUCUGGUCUACUUGCAGCUCGGUGUUACGGCGGACUGUGCAGCAGCACCGGCACAGCCCUGCUGAGCUGAAUGCCGACAGUGUGGAUACAAAGCGAGCUUGAAAACAAAAGUGGACUCGCGGAGAAGAGAAAGAGAGAGAGAGAAUCUGAUCUUGACGGAUGUGGACAAAGACAAGACUCUUUGUGCUUCUCUAACAGGCAGGGACAACAUUCCUAAACUGGAAAAAGUCUGGGGACAGACGGACAGAGACACAUGUGUUGUCAAACUCCAAAGACAAGCGCUUGAAGGACUUGGCAGGACUUGCCUCACUGGGACAACUGGACUACAGACACUGGGAGUGUUAUGGCUGGAGGAAAGGCCAUGUUGGUGUUGAGGAGGCCGCACAGCAAGAAUUUGGCAGCCUGUGAUUGCAGGAGGAGUCCAGACACUUUGGUUUAGAUGGACUAUUGGUCCAAUGUCAACUGUCAGUAUUUUAUGGCCCAGUAAAAGUUAAAUUAAACAACUUUGGAUGGUUUUAAACUGAUAUCAAACAAUAUUUAAGUAAUGAUUUCACAAAGUGUUUCAAGUAACAGCUGCAAACUGUGUCCCAAUUGCAUAUUAUGUACAAACUCUAAGCAGGUUUUUCAGCAUAUUGAAACAAGAUAAAGUGUAUGCAAAAGAGACUGUAUGCUUCAUUUACGAGUGCAGUUGAUGUACCCACAAUGUAAUGCACAAAGGAAACAGAGGAGCUGCUGAUAGCUGCAAACAUUGAAAUACAAACUAUGAAAAUAAUUAUAAAGUCUUUGUUUUCACUUCACUUCUGUCAACUUUCACCUUUCCUGUACUUAGUUAUGCUACGUAAGACAAGCACAUUUUUGUAGAAUAUUAAAAGAUUAAAGUGACUCAUGCAAAAUGCAAAGUUUGCAAAACUAACUUUGCACUGGCAAGGUCACAGUUUGUCUGACAUCCAUUGGGCAUGAACUGUUUGCAUUCCUGUUGGUACAGCUGCGUUUAUUGAUUUCUGGUACACUAAGUUCACGGUGUACUAUGCCAUCUUGUAUACAGUAUAGCAUCAUGUUUAUAUGUCGUAUGUAAUUGGGACACACCUGUCUCAGUAAGAUGUUUCACUAUGUAAGCAUGUGAUUUGGUGAUUUGCAAGCCAAAUAACAUCUUGACAUCUACAUUAAAAUCUUGGAUAAAUUUGUUGUAAAACAAAAAAAAAAUUAAGAUGCAGGUUCCAUGUUGUAUAUUUGUUUGUUUCAUUAACUAUGUUUCAACAUAUACUGGGUCCUAACUGGGAGUUGAAAUGGUCACUAAAAAUUAGUAAUUUAAUAAUUAGCUUAUAAUUUAAGUAAUUUGCAGAUUAAAUGAAAAUUGAACAAAGUUUUAAUGUAGAUGUCCAGACGUGUAUUGACCUGUAAAAUACAAAACACAUAACUUGAUGCAAAAUAGUGACACCUGUUUAUUCUUGUUGGUCAUACAUUGAUACAUAUAUAUUGAUAAUUGUAGUCACACAUAGCUGCCGUCUAUGAAAUAGGGGUAACGUCAGGUUUUAAAAAUUUCUAUGAAUGGAAUUUGACACUGCAGCAAUUACAAUUGCAAAAGCAAUUGCAACAAAUUACUGUCCAUGUUUCAAGAUUUAAUUGUCACAUACAAAAUCGUGCACAGUACACGCUGAGUGUCCUUAACUUCUGUUCAAUGUAAAUUUGUUUGAUGAGCGUUUAACCUACCCACCAUGAGAAUAAUGUGCCGAUAAUGUUAACUGGAGCAGCCACCGUUACACCUCUACACUUUAACCUACAGAGUGGACUGAACUGUGCUGACCUCUUUGUUUGGACAUUUAAGAAAUAUUAUUUUAUGGUGAAAGCGGAGAUUUAAAAAAAACAUCUUCAUGACUGCGUCAACAAAAGAAGUGUAAACUUCACACCAAUGACUGCAGAGAGAGAGAGAGAGAGAGAGAGAGAGAGGGGAGGGGUUCCUCUGAUGAAUGAAGAGAACGACGGCUAUUUGAAGCCACUUGACUCCUUCUCUCCCUGCUCUCAUGCAGCUGUCAACGACAACUGCUCUUCAACUCAGUGAACACCCACACAUACACACACAUACACGUCUCUAUUACUUAGCGUGGACUAUAAUUUUUAAGUUCUUUGUGAGGUCCUCAACUUUCGUGGUGCAAAAAAACAAAGCCAACAGUAUUUGGCAGCUUUUAACUCUAGAUGUGGGAACCAGCCUCUGAUUUGGUUCUUUUUUGAGUUUCUCUCUCAGAGUACCUAAACAAUAGACAUAUUAUCGGACCCUUCGACCCGAGUCCCACCUUAUUUAUCCAGUAAACCCCAACCAACUCAGCAUUACACAAUGUUGUUAGUGUGAGCGAGCUCUUAGCAUUUUAUUUCUCCAGUUUGAAACUUAUUUUUGUGUAUUGACAUCAUUUGCAUUUUAAUUAAUAAAAGGUCACUAUAUUAAAAC